GCCCUUUGGUCGUCUACGUACAGUAUAUGAACGCCUCCUUGUUCGUGUCCCCAGAGGUUCUUGCUGCUUCUGUUACGGUCAAGCCACGUUCCACAGGCUCUCACGGCCGCAGAACCCCUUCAAGAAGAUAUCGCGCAACAUCUGCCGGCGCGCAGGGAAGCGACGCGAUUGACUUGAUCACAUCAUCUCUUUUCACAAUGAUGUCCGAGUCGCAGAACUCGUCGUUGAAUGAUGUGGAGGCUGCCCGAGAGAAGCGGUACCCAGGUAGCGGAACAUUGGAGGACCCGUAUGUGGUCGAUUGGGACCAAGGGGAUCCCGAAAAUCCGUUUAACUGGAAAAAGUCGAAGAAAUGGGUUAUCACAAUACAGUUGGCCUAUGCGACGUGGGUGGCGGCGUUCUGCAGUAGUGCAUACAGCGGCGGAAUAACAUAUACUGUGAAAGAGCUACACGUAUCGAAAGAGGUCGCGCUCUUGGGAGUGUCUCUUUAUGUAUUAGGCUUCUUCGUAGGCCCGUUAUUCUGGGCGCCGUUGAGUGAGAUGUACGGGAGGCGGAUCGUCUUCAUCUGUACGUUCUUCGUCUUUAUGCUCCUGCACAUAGGCGGAGCACUCUGUAAAAACAUUGCAACACUUCUUGCUACUCGUGUUCUCGCAGGAAUGUUCGGUGUCUCGCCCUUCUCGAACUCAGGAGCCGCUCUCGCCGACAUAUGGACAGCCAGAGAACGCGGUGUGGCUGCUUCCUUGUACGCAUCUGCACCAUUUAUGGGCCCAGUCAUUGGACCGCUUGUCGGCGGAUGGAUUUCGAUGUCGCGCGUCGGCUGGCACUUCAACUUCUGGAUCAUGUUCAUUUUGUCAGGUAUUGGCCUCCUCGGUUUUAUAUUCAUCGUACCAGAAACGUACGCACCGGUACUGCUGCGCUGGAGGGCGCGAAAGCUGCGCCGAGCCAGCGAAGGCAGGGUGCGGUACAUUUCCAAGUUCGAUCUUACCCGUGGGACAAACCGAAUUGCAAACUUCAAGACAAACAUGAAGCGGCCGUUCAUUUUUCUGUUUGCGGAGCCGAUUGUGACGCUGUUCGCGAUCUAUGUCUCCAUCGCAUACGCGAUUCUCUACGCCUUUUUCGCCUCGUACCCGAUCGUGUUCGAGGAGCAGCGCGGAUGGAGUCCGGGCCUCGAUGGCUUGGCAUUUAUCGGUGUCGGGGUGGGCACGACGCUUGGGAUGUGUUUGUCUCCGGUGCAGAAUAGGUUAUACUGGAGAGCAAUGGCACAGAGUCCUACCGGGGUCGCACCGCCAGAAGCGCGGUUGUACGGACCGAUGCUUGGUGGUCUGUGUUUGCCAAUAGGGCUGUGGUGGUUCGCUUGGACGAGCGAGCCGCGCUACUUGUGGAUCCUCCCCGUCAUCGCUGGCGGCUUCUUCGGAAUGGGUGUCGCGCUCAUUAUCCAGGGCGUUACCCAAUACCUCAUGGAUGCGUACCGGAUGUAUGGCGCGAGCGCUAUCGCUGCGACGGUGGUGCUGCGCUCGAUAUGUGCGGCAAUUUUCCCGGAGGUCGUGCCGAUUAUGUAUCAGAGGCUGGGCGACGGCUGGGCAUGCACGGUCUUUGCAUUCUUGGUGACAGCAUGCAUGCCGCUGCCGUUCUUGUUCUUCAAAUACGGCGCGUGGGUGCGCAGACACUCCAAGUGGGCACUCCAGGACUCGGUACCGCCUCCAGCGCCUGCACCUAUGAAGCCGGUACCGAUAGUGCCAGAGCAUGCUAUCAGCGAGAAGCCAGCGCAAUCUUCGGCUUGAAUGAUUCGCAUCCUGGCACUGAACCCCAUAUACCCGCGAUAGAAGACGACAGUUUAUGUGAUGACGACCUUGUUUUUGCGCACGACCCUCUUAUACCUUAGCAUUGUGACCGUCAUGGAGUCUUGUAAUGUGUGUACCCGCAGUGCAUGAGCAAUAUCAAUC